AUGGAUCGAAACAGGAAGCGCGAAUUGCGCGAAUUGAACAGCAGGGCGUGGGAUGGAGAAAAAGAUAUCUAUCAAGUCAACAAAAGCCUGGACUCCUCUCUCAAGAAGAAUACCGCCUUUAUAAAGCGCCUCCGAACCGCAAUUUCUGCCGCUACGCUCGCUACCUUCCUACAAGAAAUUCGAACGCUAAGCCUACACAAAUACCUAUCAGAAAUUAUAUCAGCAUGCUACGAAGGGUUGUGUAGGUUGAAGUCGCCCGGUGAAAUCGAGGCUGGGGUGGAAAUUGUCAGCGCCUUACAUCAGCGCUUUGGACCCGUAGAAUUUACAGAGUAUCUCGGAUGGCUUGUCGGCAAAGGACUAGCGACACCGGAAAAAUCCUUAUUGAAGACUCUUGCCGCGGAUGUUAGAGAGAAAGAAGAAAAAGAACGGAUCACUCGUCAGAGAGUGCUUCUAAGAGUUGUUACCGAGCUUUGGCUCGUGGGGGUUUUGAGAACUCUAGAUGAUGUUAGCCGCCCAGACGAUGUCUCUCGGGGUAAGGAACCCCUUUUAGCCUCGUCUGUUAAAGCGCCGGAUGCCAAAUCGAAGACCAACGGGGUUGCCAAAGGGGGAGGCGCUGAACCUUUUCCCCUAGAAGUCCUCAAGGAUCUGUUGGGCCACGAUAGGGAGCACGCCAAUUUACCAUUGCUUGUCAUCUUCGUGAAGGCUUUUGGCUGGGAUAUACUAGGUGUCAAAGAAGCCGGCAGCGAAGGUCGCAAGACUGUUGAAGAAGAUGGCGCUACAAUCAUUACCGAAGGUGCAGUAGAAGAAGACGCAGACGAUGGUUCUCCCGUGGAAAUGGCCCCGCCUAGCAAUCUUGUUGAAGACCCACCUCUUGCAUCUCCUGAGCUUCAGGAGAGAUUCCGUAACAUUCUCAACCGAUAUUUCGAGGAUGUCAAAGCCCACCUCAUCCGUGACCAGAAGGGGAUCAGCAAACAAGCCCGAAAAGAUGCAGAGGCUUACGUCAAGUCCGGCCAAGUAUUUGAGGAUAGACAAGCAAGCUACGAGAAAGCCGUCAAGGCCCAUGAGCGACUGGUAUCGAACGCCCAGGUCCUCGCGGAUGCUAUUGGUGGUGAAAUGCCUAACCUGAAGGACUCCGAGGAUAGUUCGGUCACCGGGAAUGGGGGCAUCGGGCUGGUGAAGACUGGAGAAUACCUGCGUGGUGAAGGCGAUGGCGCUGGCAUCUGGGAAGAUGAGGAUGAGAGAAGAUUCUACGAAAAUCUUGUGGAUCUCAAAGGCAAGGUUCCUGGCAUGCUACUCGAAGAUGGGAAGAAGAAGAAGGCAGACGGCGACGACAAGGUUGGGAAGAAAGCAGAUACUGCAGAAUCCACUACAACCGAAGCCGGAGUUUCAACACCCAAGACAACUGAAGACGACCAGUCCACAUCCAUCGCUAAUAGGACCAUCGGUGCCCAGGUUGAUGCUUUAUUGGCGCGACUUCCGGAACUCACCAAUAAAGAAUUGAUUGACCAGGCUGCAAUCGACUUUUGCUUUGUUAACUCCAAAGCGUCUCGAAACCGCUUGAUCAAAGCAGUCCAGGAGAUACCCAAGGGUCGCAGUGAUCUUCUCCCUUCCUAUUCUCGACUCGUCGCCACACUUGGAAAAUACAUGCCGGAUAUUCCUAAAGGCCUGGUCGAUCACCUCGAUCAAGAGUUUCGUAGUCUCCAAAGACGCAAGGAGAAGGAAUUUCUAGGUCAAGCUCGAUUGGGAAAUAUUCGCUAUCUUGCUGAGUUAACAAAAUUUGGCGUCGUUCCUGAGCAUGUCAUUUUCCACUGCUUGAAGGUCAGCCUGGACGAUUUCUCCCGAAUGAAUAUUGAGAUCAUCUGCAAUUUGCUCGAAAAUUGCGGUCGAUAUCUACUCCGAAACCCUGAAACUUCGCCACGAAUGACCUCAUUCCUUGAGACGCUGAAGCGCAAGAAAUCAGUUCAGCAUAUCGGCCAACAGGAACGGAUGCUUAUAGAAAAUGCUGUCUACUAUGUCGACCCCCCAGUCAGGGCUGCCAUUCAGCAGAAAGAGCGAACACCGAUUGACUUGUUUAUCCGAAAAUUGAUCUAUCUAGACAUGAAUAACCGCAACUACACAAAGAUUCUCAAGCAGAUCCGCAGAUUGCACUGGGAAGAGUCUGAGGUGGUUGCUAUUCUGGAGAAAAUAUUCUCGAAGCCGGGCAAAGUCAAGUAUGGCAACAUUCAUCUGCUUGCGAUUCUGGUGAGUGCGCUUUACCGGUAUCACCAGGAUUUCGUCACGGCGAUUAUCGACAAUCUUGUGGAGUAUAUUGCCCUUGGGCUAGAAUCAAACGACUUCAAGUUCAAUCAACGCCGUCUCGCGGAGGUCAAGUAUCUUGGCGAACUGUACAACUAUCGUAUGGUAGACCAUCCUGUGAUUUUCGAUACCAUGUAUCGAAUCAUGACCUUUGGCCAUGGUGGUCCACCUAUACCAGGUCGGAUCAAUCCCUUUGACAUGCCAGAUGACUUCUUCCGGAUCCGUUUAGUGGCGACUCUCCUUGAGACUUGUGGCAUUUUUUUCAAUCGUGGAGCUGCUGGCAAAAAGCUUGACUAUUUUUUGUCAUUCUUCCAGUACUAUAUUUACACCAAGGAUACUCUCCCUAUGGAUAUUGAAUUCAUCGUUCAAGAUGUCUUUUCCUUGACAAGACCUCAGUGGAAACUUGCUUCCAAUUUGGAAGAAGCUAGCCGGGCUUUCCAACUAGCAAUGGCCCAGGAUCAAAAGACUGCCGGACUUGACAAAACUAUUGAACCCGAUGAGGUUGAUAGUGAUGGGAGUUCAGAUGAUGGAAUUGGCGACGGUGAAGCGGAGGCAGGGAUUGAAGCCGAAGCCGAAGCAGGCGCUGAGGCCGAGGAAGAUUCAGAAUCCGACGAAGAAGCAGAUACCGAUGGAAACGGCGACACAGCCCCAUCUCCGCAAGCAACCGACUCCGAGGAUGAAGCAAUUGUUGUGACACGCCAGGAGGAGGAAGUUGAUCCAGAGGCUGAGGCCGAAUUCGAGCGUGAGUAUGCAAAAAUGAUGGCUGAAAGUCUAGAAUCCCGAAAGCACGAACGCAAAUCUACAUUUGACGUCCCACUUCCAAUCAGACGCAAAGACCGUGAUGCGACGGGCUCAAACGAGACCUGGAAUGACAGUCCUGUCGCUCCAGAUACUCAGGCCGGCGGUACCAUGGCAUUCUCUCUUCUUACGAAGCGUGGCAAUCGCCAACAGACCCGGACUGUCGCCCUCCCUUCAGACUCGACUUUCGCCGUUGCCAUGAAGACUCAACAGGCGGCCGAACGUGAGGAGCAGCAAAGGAUCAAGAACUUGGUUCUAAACUACGAUCUUCGUGAAGGCGAAGACCAAGAUGGUGAACAGCCAAUGGCCCCCUUAUUUCCGAAUCCAAAUAUUCACAAUACCAAAGCAGGUCUCGACAAGGCCGCUGCGACCAAUUAUUCUAGACCUGACAAGUCUAGUAGUAAUCGCAGUAGCCAGCGCGCGAGAAAGUUGCAACUCAGUGACGUCGAUUGGUAUGGCCCCAAAAACAAUUCUUCACGUUUUCCAGAUUCAACCCCUAGUAUGCAAAGAGGCGGGUCGACACGCAAGCUCGGCUCUGUUACUACUACUACAGGCCGUGAUCUUCCCUCUGGACCUAAAUCUCUUAAGGGAACCGAAAACCAGCUUGAUGCCCGACCUCCAAAGGCUACCGCUCCAGUAGGCAGACUCAGUAGGAAAGCUAUUCUUGAGGCACACGCAUCUCUAAAAUCUGCCAGCGCCGAAGCCGAGAAAUAG